CCCACGUUUCUUUCCUGCCACUCUGCCUCGGGCAACAGGGGCUGUGAAUGUCUUCAGGUCUCCCGGACAGGCGUGGAGGAGAGCUGGAAAAGGGCUCAUUUCUCCCACUCCAACCUAAGUUGGGUUUCAUUUCUUGUGUGUGUGUGUGUGUGUGAGAGAGAGAGAGAGAGAGUAUUUUUCUAUAUUCUGAAAUCGCAUCCUGGAAAUGCUGGGCAAACACACCCCUGCUCUGAAUCCCUUCAUCCGCACGGAGUGAAAGCGCAGGGAAGUCCAAGAGAAGGCGUUGCCUCGCCGAUGCCAUGCGUCAGCUGUAAGGAGUGAGGUCCUCUUGAAGACACGGCUCAACAUGUUUGGUGAAAAGAGCAGCACUUCUUUGCCCAAGAAACCCAGCCAGAAAAAAACCCGUCCUCAGGGGCUCCCUUCCCCUGCGCUCUGCUGCGCCUGCGGACUUUGCAUCAUGCUGGCGGGAAUCAACAUCACCCUGGUGGGAGCGUUUGCUUUCGGGACCUUCCUGCCCGUGAACAACCCUCCCAUCAUCAUUGGACCCAUCUUGCUGGUGGUGGCCUUCACCUUCUUUGGGGCGUGCUGCAUCUGUAGCCGGAGACCUCCCGCUCACGGAGCAAGGAAAUCCAAGCCAGGCUCCAACAUGGGGCUCAUCAAACCCGGCAGCACGGCUUUUGAGAUCGAAACGAGUGAGCACACCGUCCAAGACACCACUGCUGUCCAACUGAGCCCCACCAGCUCUCCAGUGUCCUCCAAAAAGUCCACGCCCGUCCAUGAGACCUCUAAGACCUGCAAACUCUUCACAAUGGAGGGCAACGGGCCGGCAGCAAAAUACACAGCAGGGGGGGACUCCAUACAGCUUAACUUGCCCAGAGACCUCGUCACAUCCUAAAACCGAGUCGGCGUGCACGUUACCAGGCGUGCUGUGGUCAGAAGGAUGCAGCUAUGGGGAGGGCAUCUGAACUCUGCUCCUGAGUGGCUAGCAGAUGUGCUGUUGGCCUCUUAGAGCGCAUCGAGAAAGGGAAGGGGGGGGACGUGGAAAAUAGCAAAUAGGAGAAUGCAAGUGUUUUCUGGAGGGGGAUGUGUGUGUUUAACGGGCUUCACAAAGAAAAAGCGACGGCUAGGGAAUCACUGCCAUCCAGUUACUGGGCAAUUACGGAUCUUUCUAAUGUUUUUCGAAUGAAUUCAUUUAUUUAAUGGUUUUUUAAAGAAAUGAUAACUCAGUAGCUAGAAUUCAGGGCCGCGGAGUGCCGAUGGCUCUUUCUCUUUGGAAAUGAUACCAUUGUUUAAUGCAAUAAAAAGACCGACACGGCGGUAAUUAGAAAUCGAUAUCACCCAGUAACUGGAUACAUACAGAGCUUUGGGGUUGGACUUCUUUGGGGGGCAAUUUACUCUAAUGCAAAUGCAAAUGCAACACAAAAUUUAAUUUCCAUGUUUUUUGAUCCUUUCCAAACCUUGCCUUUCUCUUUGUGAUUUUUCACCUCCCGCAGGUCUGUUGUGAGGCAAAGAACAUGGGUCAUUUUUCCUCUCUGAUCAUUCAGCCGUGGGUCUCGGUUGUGAUACUGGUAAACCAUGCAUCUUGGAAGGUCAGUUGUGCUCAAAUGCAGAGGGACAGCAGGGGGGUGAUUAAAAUGGGCUGAAAGGAAGACUAGCACCGGGACAGCCCACAGAUAAAAUGGGAGAGGAAAUGACUAUGUGCUGAUUUAGGUGUGAAGAGGCCACAUGGAGGAGUAGCAGCGGAUCAGAAUUAGAUGCUACGUGGCACCUGCUGGGGUGCAGAUUGAGCUUUGAGUCAGCUUUUAUUUGGGAGGGGAAAAUUACCUUUUGGUUCUAAUCAUGAAACAGGCCAGUGGAGCUAAAAGGUGAUGACAGGAUUUCUUUUACCUUGCAGCGAGCGGCCAUCGGUCCUGUUGCUUGGCUGUAAGUUGUAAAGGACGUAGGAAGCGCCAUAUGUCCCUUGGUGAAGUCGUUGGGGUAUUGUGAGAUAGAGGGGGAAGGGCAUGGAGUAUAAAGUCCUGGAGAGGCCUUUGAUGCUCUGGAAAAGAGGUCAGUGUUGUUCGCUGCUGUGCGUGAAAGGCUCCCUCCUCAUUCUGGGUGCUCCAGACUCCAGGGGUGUAGGGAUGGGGCCGUCUUGUAGUUGGGCGAGAUGUAGAGCUGAGGAGCUGCUAUGCAGCCUGCCUCCCUCAUGCACAGCUGGCCUUUCAGCAAUGGAUAUUAAUACCGCCAUCAAGAGCAUUCAUCUCUGCUCCUUGCAGCUGGCUCUUCUGGGAGAUGGAUGGGGCACGGUGGAGAGGAGGCAGCCAACACCAGGGAGCCCUGCAUGAAAGGGCCUGAAGUGUGGUUGAAAGGGCAGGUCUUGGGGCUACAAGCUCCGUUGGCUUGUUGCUAGCCCCAGGUGCUCAUAAACCGUGAGCCAAGCCCCCACAAAUCCAAAGCGGGCCUAGAAAUCAAAUGUGCAUUUUUUUGCUUGCUUCUUUGUGCUGACAAAUGGUGUCAGACUCAGGUUACUGACCUUCUUUUGGAGGGGACAUGCUGUCAGGCCUUUUCCCCACAACCCAGAGGAGUAUCUAGACCCGCUGUGCUAACAAGAAAACAGAGGGCCUCACCCGUUCACAUGACUCCAGGAGGCGGGAGUUUAAAGAGAGGGAGGAACCCCACCAAAUCUCAUGAGACUGAUGAAAUGGGUCUAAGUUAUGCGACAAAAACACUUGUGUUGAUUGCACCGGUGUAACUUUCUCAUGUGUUCAGGCCUUCAAGAAGGCAAAAUUGCUCCGUGCCCUCAGCUGGGUCUCCAGGGUCCUGCUUAUCUGGUCUUGGAUAACCAGGAUAACUUGGAUAACUACCUGCUGGUGGUUGUCAUUCAUUGGUUGUCGCUAGGAUUUCUUUCCACAGCUGUUUGGGCUAACAAAUGCUAACAUUGGCUAGUAGAGGAUGGCCCCCAACUCGCGUUACAAAUCACCGAUGAUCUUCUGGGAAUUUGUUCAAUGAAAUCACUCUCCAUCAUGACCAUUCAUGAGCAGGGCAAGGUGAUGAUGGUAGGGGUGGCGGCAUGUUGGCCAAUGAGCGCCUGAAUCCCAUGGACAAAACUUCCAUUGAUGGGAGCAGGAAAAGGAUGAGUACUUUGAGGGUUAACUUGGAUUAUUACUGUUCAGUGAUAUUGCUGUACCAUGCAGAGGUCCACAUCAGGAACUGGGGGACCUUGUGUACCCUGAAUGUGGUUCAAAGAGAUUUCCAUCCAGGUAAGACAAAGGGUGACUGGUGGAAGCAACACACGGGUGAGGUGUGGGCCCAGGGUAACAAUGAGGUAUCCGCGUGUUAACAAACUGCCUGUUUCUGCUGCCUUCCCCUGAGCGGUGGGUAUGGCAAUGCCACCCUCCUAGACAUGAUGUGGGAUAGAGGUGGGGGUGUUCUCCUGAUGUGGUGAUGUCCUGCUUUUUCAGUUUUCCCCAUCUGUCUGCCUCCGUGAUUGGCUGUGAAUAAAUAACGUGCAACUCUGUGCAUCCUUCUUGCACUUUUUGCAGUUUUUUCUUGUGAUGAAAGUCCGAUUUUUUUUUUUUGUUGGUGGUGGUGUAAAGGUUGACUUUUAUUAUGAUUAUUGUUGUUAUUCUUUCUGUGUAAUGUGAAGAGAGACCUAUUAAAAAUAGCUCUUGGUGA